ACCUGCUGAUCCCUCGGUGUCUUGACGUCAGCGCUGUAAACGGUGGAGAUCUCCGGUGCGCGUCGGCAGCGGUGCUCAGGCGCAGCGUCCGUCCAGCGCGCAACGCAGGCGGCUGCGGCGGCACCAGCAGCAGCAACUCAGCUCAGACUUUUCCCUUCACCAGACUCUCCUAUACAUCCACACACACACACACACACACUGUCUGGAUACACUAACACACACAGACAUCCACAUCCUCCCCGGUUUGGAACCGGUUCCCUCUUUUCGCCACUCCAGCCCCGCCAUGUCGUCUGCUGUCACCGAGACAGAGGAGUCGGCGCGGAGCUCCCCGCUGACACCGCUGAAGCUGGUCGGGCUGGUGUGCGUCUUCCUGGCGCUCUGCCUGGAUGUGGGAGCCGUGAUGAGCCCGGCGUGGGUGACCGCCGAUGACCAGUACUACCUGUCCCUGUGGGAGUCCUGCUGGAAGCCGGGGAGCACCGAGAACUGGCAGUGCAGCAGCACGCUGGGCUCAGACUGGCAGGUUGCUACGUUGGCCCUGUUGCUAGGGGGUGGAGCCCUGGUGCUGAUGUCAUUCCUGGUCGCUCUGGUUGCCGUGUGCAUCGGCACAAGACGGCGAUUCUACGCACCCGUCGCCUUCAUGCUUUUCGCUGCAGUUGUUCUUCAAGCCUGCAGCUUGGUCCUCUACCCCAUCAAGUUCAUCGAGAGCAUCAACCUGAGGAUCUACCACGAGUUCAACUGGGGCUACGGCCUGGCCUGGGGGGGGACCAUCUUCUCCUUCGGCGGGGGAAUCCUCUACUGCCUCAACCCCAAGAAUUAUGAGGAGUAUUACUAGCCCGGAUUCAAGUAGAGGACCUUACAGUCACAUGCUGGGAGAGGUAUUCAGGGGGCGAGGAGGGAUUUGGGGGUAUUUUCCUUUAACGGCUCAAUUCCCAAGAACGGUGAGGAAUACUAUAAACUGGAUUUGAGCCAAUAACUGUAUCGCCACAAGCUUCCGCCCCCCCUGGGGAAAUUCAGGGGGGUGCAGCUGGCGUUCGGGGGAUUGCUUUUCGUGCCUCAGUAAACAGAAGUGUGGGCACUGAGGCUGGUGGGUAUUUGAACUUACAGCCCUAACAUCACCAGGUCAGCUCUGGGGAGGGGUUGGGGGGUGGAAAGAAGUCUUUCUAGUUUAUGCCUAUGACUUGUGACACAACAGGGAGAACUGACAACUCUGCAGUAACAAAGGAUGGAGAGUUACGGUGCUGAUGCCUCCGUUCUUUCUUUACUGCAAGAACUACUCUUAUUAUGUCACCAGGACGACCCAACCUAUUGAUAUGACUCUGUUACUUAGGAAACAGGAUGUCAGACUGGGAGGCUUUUACUGCACGUUUACGCACGCAUGCACAUGCAAAGGCACGUGUAUCCUCACCUGUAAACAUCAAAUUGUCGGGCUGGACGUCUUCAAAAAUCUACUCCCCAGUCUCCUGCUCCAUCAGUUCCUCAUCGUCAGUGUUCAGUUAGGAGUUGUGGCAUUUUGUUUUUCAGGGUUCUCUGGAGCUCUUAAACUUUCACAAGGACAUGGAAGAGGAUCAGACACUACAGUAGCGCUUUAAUAACUUUUCAUAAGACAGAUAGGUUCCUCUUGGGGGUAGGUAAGAGGGGGGGAAUAAAAUAAAGACACCCGCUCAAUAUUCUGUUAUCGACCCACUUGUCUGUUACCGCGGCAACCCACAGGGUGUGCACAUGCAGCUGUCAUGAUUGAUUAGCCAUGGUCGGAGGUGUAAGAUAGGACUGCACUCAGCUGCCUCCAAGGGUCUGCUAAAUUUCGAUUCCCUAUUGAGCUGAAUUUCUCCGCACCGUGACGUUCGGAGGAUCCUUCCUCCUCUGGUCGACCUCCUUUUGCAUCCUGUUUGUGGAUAGAAGUGUCCGCUACACACACCACGGGCAGAUACAGGCUCCCAGUGGACAUGUUUACGUGUACAUCAGUAGUUUGACAAUUGACAUUCACAAAAAACAAAAACUGUGACUUUACUAGACAUCCCUAGGGGCAUAUUUGUCUCAAGCACCUUGCUCAGGUGCAGGUGAAAGUUGUCUUUAGCUUUUAGUCCAGAUGGUGGUAGCUGGAGUUUAGGAUUGUAUCCAGAAUCACUGUGAUUUACAAGGUCACAGCUUAGAUAUUUGUGUGUCAUCUUCAUAAUAAGUGGAAACUCAUCUCAUAUCUACAUAUAGGAAAGAAGAAAGUAAAUGCAAGAAAUAAUUGGGGACCAAGUAUCGAGCCCUGAGGUACGCAAUACCAACGCCAGUGUAGGCAAAAAUCAGUGCAGUGCCACAAAAUCCACUUUGAAACAUGUUAAAUUAUUAAUUUACUAACACUUAUAUAUUAUGCUGUUGGGAGUUUAUUUUGGUGGGAAUAGUGAGUAAAUAAGGGGGUGAUUUUGGAAGCAGUCUAAGGAAUUUGCAUUACAUCUUUUGGUUAAAUAAAUGCAUACGUAUUGUAAAAGAAACAUUUAAGAUAGUCAAAAAUGACUUUAAAAAAGUACUUAACUCAUAACAGGAUUACUGUCAAAGACACAAUUUCCUAACUCUGGGGAAUCAAUACAUUAUUUUGUGCAUGUAAACAUAGCCACUGGAGCUGACUAUUUAUAAACCAGAUCUGUGUAUCUACUGAUAAGUUCAGGCCACGUUUCAUUAACACCAAACUGCUGUCUCCUUGUCUACAGUAAAUGUCAGGGAUCAGCCCUGCACCCAGUGUGUGUAGAUUUUAGUGGAAAACAAGCCGGGCAUACAUGUGUUGGCACAGGAAAAGCAAAUGUCAAUAUCAGUCAGUGUCAAAUGUCAGGAAUAAUGGAUGCUGGGACACAUACUGUAGACAAAUCAUACGAUUGUAUCUUACAUCAAAGCACCACCACCUUAUAGAAAAGCUGAUCUGAUAAUAAUCACUGCUUUCAUGUCCCAACAUGCUGAUUUGAAUUGUAACCGCAUUUAUCUCAAUUCCACUGUUUCCCCUGCCCUCUGGGUUGGGCUCUAAUCAGUUGUUUGGGUGGUAGACGUGGAUCCAGUGAAAUUUCUGGUUGUGGAUGUGGAUGGAGGAGCAAAUAUUGCAACUUCAAUACUAAUUUAUAAUUAUAGAUUGGGCGAUGAGGCAGGUGAUGAAGCUAUCUUUUCCUUUCAUUGUGCAAAAGCGUAUUUAUGUUUUCUCUCAGCUGAAGUGUAAAUUCAACUUCUCCUGAGUGUUGAAUUACUUUCCAAACCCUGUGACCUCCAUUCUCCCUUUCAAAACACACUGUAAUUUCAAAAGUGCGCAGGGAGUCGAAUGUAAAAAUAUGACAUUUUGGAGAUACAAGCUGUGUCUUGUCUGUACUUUCCAUUGUUACAUAUUUACAGUGGAGCUGUCAAGCAACCAUCCCCCAAAAAUAGGAUCCAGGCUGCCUCCCUUGCCACCUUAACAAAUGUGAACUGUGCAGCUGACAGAAGUCCAUUUAUUUUAUAUAAACCGACACGAUGAUGUUUACCACAGACAAAAUCAUCUCCUCUGUUGAUGAUGAGGAAAUGUAUUUGUUUUUGACAGCUCUGCCUGUCACUACAACAGCCGAGCUUCUAAAAUCAGCUCAUUCAAGUUUAUUAACGACUGAGAUCCGAUGCUGUGGGAAGAUUUUCAUAACGUUUUAGAUUACAGCCCUCAAAUUAUAGUGUUACCAUUUAAUAUAUGAAGGGUAUCAAUAAAAUAGCUACUGGUUAACAGGAUGGAAGUACAAGGGAAGAAGAUGGCAGGUUAGGGAAUUAAACAACUUUGUGUUUACAUUGAAAUAAAUUACAUCGUUAGUGUUUUUUAAAUGACUGAGUGCCUAUUUAUUAAUUACAGGGUACAUUAACAUUGUUGCUGAGUAACAAGACAGGAAAAUUGGGUCAUAAAGCUGAAAAAAAUUAUUAAAGGAAUAGUUUUACAUUUUAGGAAAUACGCUUAUUCACGCUCAUGCCGAGAGUUAGAUGAGAGAAUCGAUACCAUCUCAUGUCUGUAUGCUAAAUAUUAAACUGUAGCUGUUUAUUUAAGACUGGAAAUAGGGGAUACAGCUAUCUUGGUUCUGUCUGAAGUACCUAUAAAGUUCACUAAUUAGCACGUUUUAUUUUUAUUGUUUAAUCCACACAGCCAGAUUAGCUGUUUCCCCUUGUUUCCAGUCUUAAAGCUGAGCUAAGCAAACCGGCUGCUGGCUGUAGCGUCAUAUUCACCAUACAGACAUGAGAGUGGUAUCAAUCUUUUAAAUCUAAAUCUAAAGCUAUAAGAGAGUAUUCCCCAAAAUGUCCAGCUAUUCAUAUGGUAUAAAUUACUGUUGCUAAGGAGAAAAGUGGCAAAAAAAAGAGCCAAUGCAGGUUUAAAAUGUACUGGGUAAAAUGUGUUAUCCCAUUAUUCCAUGUAUUUUUCACCUUACCAGGUCACUGGUACCCCGUAUAUACAAAAUAUUUACACUGUAAUUUGUGGGCUGUAAUGUACUGUAAAGUGCUACUAAGAAUAGCCUGGUGGGCAGGAUAUGGUGGAGACUAAAGCCACUAAAUUUCACUUUACAAGCCUUUUCAGGCUGACAUAAACCUCAUGUUGUAAAUUCACAGUGUAUAUUCUAGUAAGUACUACUGAACUGAUGGAUGUGAUAUGAAAGUAGGGUCUUCUGAGGGGCAAAAAAAAAAAUCCUAAACUUCGAUGCUUUUAUGUGGAUUGUUUUUAGUGACAGGAUGUGACAGUUUACCCAUCGUUUUCUUUAGCGCUGAGUGAAAACAGAAAUAGCACUCACUGUUACAGCCAUUAUUCCAUUAGUCAUACCAGCUUUAUGGGUCAGCGAGUGCUUUUCAGCAUGUGACCCUGCUCUUCAGUAUUUUGUCAGAAAGAUGUCACAGCUUCACCGUGUUUAGCGAUGGGGCUCCAGUUAAUCAGUGUUUAGCUUUGUUGGGUCACCAGAUUUUCUGUCAGGUCAUGGACGAAGCACUUUGUGUCACCUGACUCGGUGUGCUGUUACUCCGAGCGGGCAGAGCGCAACAGAAGUCCUGACACAAGGAGGAAGUGCUGUAAUAGAGAUCAUCACCACCAGUAUGAUAUUUGAUAUGGCCGCUACUGUAUUUAAUACUGUAUGAUCACGACUUAGUGAGGGUGUUUUUGCUACCUAGAAACGUCUCUGUGCUUUGGUGGUGUAGAGGAACAUUAGGCACCAACACUGUAACAGACCUGGGUUAAAAUAUACAGGACUAAUCUCAAAUAUCACUUUAUAGAUUAACAAUUUGAUACUUUCAAAAUCAAAAACAUACAUUGUUUUUUAUGCGCAGAAAAUUUGUCAGCAGCCACCCUGGUAUUACAGCACCCUUAUUCUUAAUUUACCUGCCAAACACAUAAACACUCUCUAAAUAUCUGGCAGGGGAGAUAAAUCCCAGAUCCAGAUGCCAGAUCAGAUUCAGAUCAAAGACGUACUGCUUAAUUUCAUCAGGUAGUUCAACAUUGUGCAGCUGCUAUUAUUGCCGUUAUACUACAUUUUCAAAUUUGUCAUACAGAAAACAAACAUACCCUAACUUCUCAUAGCUGCUGCCUUCAGGAGCGAACAGAGGCAGUUAAAGUUGCCGUGUCUUUUGAUUUCUUAAUUGGGAGCUGAAAUCAAUGUCACAUCAGUUGUAAUUAAGAGCCUCUGACUCUAAAUGACAAUGCAAAUAUGUUUGCACCAGUUUCAAAAAUGACCUACAUGCUUUGAUUUUUAAUGAAGCACUUCAAUGUGGUUCUGGGUAAAUAAGAUUAUUUGUGUUAGGCCCCUCAGUGUAAUAUCCACGGGGAGCUACAUGAGCUCAGCGACAAAAACACAACUGCCCUUUAAUAGGUUAUACUUAUUAUUUGUGGCCCCAGGGUGUCUGACCCAUGCUGGUUCCUUGAACUUUUUAGCCCAGGUCUGACUCGUAGCUAUUAGCAUUUAUUUGGUUAUUCAUUUACUGAAGAAAAGUAGAGGCUCGCAAACAGAGGCCGCUCUGUUUUAUGCAUCAUCUCCCAGUAGACUGGAGAGAAACACUGUCUAAUGAUGUGCAUAGGGAUUUAGGAAGUGUGUAUGUAUGUGAGUGAAUGACAGAGGAAGAGUGUCAGUGUGUUUGACAGGGAGAGGAAGAGUGUGUGUGUGUGCAUGUGUGUUGGCAUGUUUUAGAUGCCAUUGUAGAGAUGUCAGUAAUCAGCAUUUAUCUCUUUGUACGUUGGCACAUUAAAGCACUGAACAGAAA